CUUUUAGAUUAGGUGGAUACCCGAUUCGACCCCAGAAAAUCCCACCAUAUCCAAUAGAAGAAAAGGCCUGAGAGGACUCAAUCUAAUUGAAAAUUAUAUCUUGGAGACGCCCUUCCAUUUUUGUUUGUUUUGUGCUUCCGCCUGAUCCAGAGAAUGGCGAUGGCUUCCUCCUGCAGUAUUUCAAUUGCAUUUUUAUCUUCACAUAAUAGUAUAACACAAGUUCCAGCUCCACCUAAAUGUACUAACAUUUCCAGGAGAAAGAACCCACAAAACAAACCAAGCCUAAGAUUAAUUGUAGCAAAUUCUGCAAGCAAUGGGGGGAGUUGCUGUGGUGGCAGCGGCAGUGGCAGUGGCAGUAGCAGUAGCAGUAGCAGUGGAGGAAGCUGCAGUAGUCAUUCCAAGUCUUCUGAUCUUUCUAAUGUUGGAAAAGAGUUUGAAGCCAUGGUUGCGAGAGCCACCUUGACUGAAUUUGAAAAGGAAUACAAUACUUCAGAGAUGAAGGGAAACAUUACGAGAGAUGUCCUCAAAGAAGUCAUGGACAUUGGACCUACAAGUUAUGCUCAUCAACAGAAAGGAGAAACAAUCUUUGAUCUUAAAGCACUGCUUUCCGAGGAUAAAAAUGCAUCAAAAAAUGAGGAAUUUUCAUUUGACAAUGCUGAGGAUGUAUUUGUCUGAUUGUAUCAGUUAGCUGGGGGUAAAAUUUUCUAAACCUUAUCCUGUCCAUUUGUAUUCUGUAUGUACAACCUUGAAAAGUGGAGAAUUUCACGUGCAAGAGUUAAGUGCAAGGCAAAUAUUGUUCCAAGUACUAGCAUAUUGUAUUUUGACUGUAUGUUUAGAUUCUUUAUUUCAAAGUACUUGCGAGGGAGGAAAGUUAUUCAAGAUGAGUAGAAUAUACCGUUCACCUAUGAUGUGGCACUCUUAAAUUACUUGAUCACGGUAAUUUUCUGUGUCUUGCAAAGGUAGUCAUUCUUCAAGUCUUCUUGAUGAUGUUGAUAUGUCGGUAUUAGUAAGUUACUAAGGUUUUUGUGUUCUUUAGUGAGUGGACUACAACAUAUAACAUUUAUUAAAAUAUAAAAUUCAGAAAAAAUGUGAUAAAAUUUGGAUGCUUGUUUCACACCA